AUGCAACUCACCUUCGAAUUCACCCUCGAACGCCCCACUCCAAUCUCCUCCAACCUUGCCCCAGUCAAGAAGCCUGACCUCAAGCCAUCCGCAGAGUUCACGAAAGACGCCGUCCGUCGCCGCCGUCCCUCCCCACAGACAUUUGUGGCCGAGGUCGACUCUGCUCCGCCUCCGCCAGACCCAACACCAACACGCUCACCUGGUCCUUCCGGAGCCCGUCGAGGCUCGCGUCUGUGCCGCGAUGUAUACCCUAGACGCACUAGGCCGUUUCGACAUGCAGUUCACGUCCUAGCAUUCGAACGCGAGCGGUUUCCCGAGAGGACGAAGGGACGGAGGGACGUGUGGAGGGUGGUGCAGAGGAAGCGGAGGAACAGGAGGCAUUUGGCGAAGGAAUUGGAAGGACAGCUGGCUGCACAAUGUAUACUUCGGCGCUAG